AUUAUUUGCCACCAAGCUGCAUAAAAGCGGCGAUGUGGAAGAGGAGAACUAAGCAGAGAUUCCUGAUUCGUCUCUACAGCUUCACUCACACACACCAACAUGACAAACCCAGUCACAUAUGAGGAACUGAAGGUUCUCUUGGCCCAAAGCAAAGAUCUGAUUCUGAUUGAUGUCCGUGAGACAGACGAGGUGAACAAAGGACGCAUCCCCAGGUCCACUCACAUUGCCCUUGGCACUGUCGAAACUGCUUUCAAAAUGAGCCCAGAGGAUUUCCAGGCCACAUACGGGAUUCCCAAACCUGCCCUGGAUGCACCUGAGCUGGUGUUUUACUGCCGGUCAGGGAAGCGGUCAGCAGAGGCCAUCAGCAAAGUCAGAGAACUCGGAUAUGUGACAGCACGUAAUUACACCGGCUCUUACCUGGACUGGUCUAGCAGGGAGGGAUAAAGCUUUACGUUGGAGAAGAGCCUCACACUGUACACUAUAUUUAUAUAUUCAUAUAAACUGUAUAAACCUUCUAUACAUUGAUCAUGUUGGUUCUUAUAGAACACGUCUCUGAAUGUUAUAUGUGUGAAUAAGUAACUUGCAAAUAAAAUAAAAUUCUUUUUGUUCUUAAA